AUGGACGUUUUAUCUCACUCGAGCGUCAACGGUUCCGAUCAUGUACAAAUGAUCCAACUGCCACCAAUUUCAUCUUUUGAUUCUUUGAUCAGAGCUGCUUCGGUAACAGAUAACAAUAGUAUAACGUCUUCAAAUUCGAAUUUUAACGCAGGUACGCCGAGUCCAGGUGUGACGAAUGGCCAAGUUCAGUUCACUGUGGGGUCUGGUACCGUAAACAUUGCACCACGUACUUCUCGAACGUCGGUACCGAAUAGCUUGAUGGCUUCUACGUUGGUAAGCGUGAGUCCCCGUGCCAGUGCAAGUGUAAAUGCAGCUUAUACGAAUGCCAACACUCCUAGCACUCAUCACAACGGUAAUUAUAAUGCUGACCACGCGGAAAGUUUUAGUAGCAGUGUCAGUUUUAAUGAUAAUAACAAUAAUAAUAUUCAACACAAUCAACAUCACCAUCAUAAUCUGCAGCAGCAACUGCAGCAGCAUCAACGUCAUCCACAGCAAAUACAACGUCAAGAGUCAAACAACCACUCUGUCCCUGUAGUCGUCUCUUCCGGUAAAACGUUUACAGAUUCUUUGAUGUCCUACCAAUUCGGAAGCACAGGCAGCUCCGGAUCAAGCCCUAACGGUCAACAAUACCGUCCAUCUUCAUAUUUCCAAUCAUCAUUGUCGAAUGGUAACGGUUCUCAUACACAAUCCCCCUUUGCUGGUAACCCUGUUUCGCAACCACAUCAUCAGAUAAUCCCCAAACUUAAUUCAGGUAUUUCAAAUAUGAAUUCAUUAAUGGAUCAACAAACGUCACCUACUAGCGAUAAUAAUAAUAGUAAUGUGCAUCACCAGCAGCUACAUACACACUACGGUCAAGGCCACGGUAGCUCUUGUAACCAUACACACUCACAUUCCCAAGGUAGCUUGCAUCAUAUGAUUUCUCCGAUAUCAACAACUAACAAUCAUGCGACAAGCCCAACAAAUUCAAUUGCAACGGUUUUAUCACCAACUACAUCGACACCCUCGUCUACGGUGUCGAGUACAUCAAAACUCUCAUCGUUAUCCACAUCAAGUGAUCUAAAUACACAUCUUAUGGAUAACUCGAAAUCGGCUAAGAUGAAGAUCGAAAAUAAUGCAAACAUGGUUUCCAAAAAACAACCAAGAAAGAAGAAGCAAUGUCCUUUAUGUGGUCUCUUUUUCUCUAAUUUAUCAACACAUAAGUCAACCCACCUGUCACCCGAGACACGGCCUUUCAAAUGUGAGGUUUGUUCUCGUGGAUUUGCCAGAUCCAAUGAUUUGAUAAGACAUAAAAAAUUGCAUUGGAAAGAUGACUUAAACCAAGAAUCUAUGGAUUUUGUUGAGAAGUUAAAGUGCUUGCAUGAAUUAAAAGGAACCUAUAAAUGCCCUUUUAACUCUAACUUGAUUAACUUAGAUCUAAAAUUAAAGGGCUCUGACAUGAAAACCGCAGAUUUGCCAUUCGAGACUUCAAAUUGCCAUUCAACUGGGGUUUUCUCACGUUGCGACACUUUCAAAAACCAUUUGAAAGCUUUGCAUUUUGAAUACCCACCAGGAACAAAGAAAAAAGAUAGAGCGAACGUUGCAGGCCAUUGCAAACACUGUGGUCAGAAAUUUGAAAGUAUUGAAACGUGGUUAAAAGAUCAUGUUGGCAAAGAAUGUGGCUAUAACUACACUGGCUGA